AUGAUUAUUCCUGUGCGCUGUUUCUCCUGCGGAAAGGUUAUUGGUGACCUAUGGGAACGGUACUUGAAACUCAUCGACGAGGGGAUUACAGAUGGAGAUGCCAUGGACCAACUUGGCUGCAAACGAUACUGCUGCCGCCGCAUGAUCAUGACACACGUUGACUUGAUCGAGAAACUCCUCAAGUACAACCCAGCAGAACGAGAUGCAAAGAAGGCGGCCAUGGGUUAA